UCAGAGUUUGACUUACACACUGAAAACUUCACAGUUCCCAGUACAUUAUUUUUUGCAUAAAAGAGUUACAGAGUAUUCUGAAAGCUGCCACUAUGUUGUUAAAGAAAAUUAGCUUUCUGGUUUUAGGUAUUCUUGGAGCAUGCACAGGCUUAACUGAAGAACUUCAGAUUUUGCUACAGCCAGAGAUCAACAGCGAUGCUGGAAGCUCUGUUCAUUUCUUAGUGACACUCAAACUGAAUACAAAUGACAGUAUUUUCAAAACUGUGUGGUUCUACAGGGACACUCCUUCUACCAGGUGGAUCCAUUUGGUACACUUCCUUCCAGGACAGCUAACUAUGAAUACAGAUACCAAGUUUAGAACCCGAAUGGAGUUUUUUACUGAAAAUCAAACAUUAUUUAUCAGAGACCUCCAACUACAGGACUCAGGUUUUUACAAAAUAACAGUCGACACACAUCAAGGAGAAAACCAGGAAAAAGAAACAUACUUGAAAAUCUACGAAUCUCUUCUAGAACCUGUGAUCACCGAGAGCAAUGUUAUCCAACUCAACUGCUCAGCAAAACAGGCAGAAGUCAGUGUUUAUUGGACAAAGGCUGGAAUAAAGUUGCAGGGUGCAAGUCAACAAUAUCAUCUUCUGACAAUACCAGCUGUUGCAAAUGAAGACCAUGAUACGUACAAAUGCAUUGCCGAAAAUUUGUCUGGUAAAAAGGCUGAAGUUCAACGAGCAUCGGUAUCUGAAAUCUCAAAUGUUUAUCGUCAGUCAGCUCACUUUGAGGGUACUGAUUCAAAUCAGGUUGCUUUUACAGCAGCCAUUUUUAUUGGAGGCCUUCUUUUGGGAAUAUUACUGGCAUCUCUUGGAGCUGUUUUAUAUACGAAAACAAGAAAGGUGAAUCAUGCAGCCACUGGGAAUGCUGGAGAUUUGUAUGUACCAAUGGGAAGUGUCAAGCAUGCAUCUAUAAAUGAUGAAAAUCCAUAUAUGUUAAACCCAAUGUAACCAAAUUAAACCUGAGGAAUGCUACGAGGUGAGGUCAAGUUACCAAUUCUGCACAGAUAUAAUCGACCGUUUUUGCACUUUUUUCUGCGUUGAUAAAGUUACUGUUGGAGUAAAAGUGAAGUUGUGCAGAGAUGCUUAAGGAAACCAGUCCACAUAUGAGCACAUGACUGGUGACACUGUUUGUCUUAUGGCGGUAUAUGUAGGUUCAAAUCCUGCUGCUUUGCUAUACAGGUGCUUCACUUAAGAGCUACACUUGGAAGACAGACUCCAUGAAAGAACUACUGGAAAGCAAAGAAUAACAUUUGUGAAAAUGUUAACAUUCUCCCUAUAUGGUAACUUAACUAGUUCAGACAACCGGGAGAAGAAAGGCAACGCACAGAACUUGGUAAAUAUAAUUUCAUCGGAAAACUUAUUUCAGCAAAUGUCACGAUUAUUCAGGACUGCUAUGUUUUGCAACUAUAUGGUACACUGUUUGCUAUGAAGAAGAAACAGUGUUGAUUAAUUACUAGAUAAACCUUUUAAUUUUCUACUUCAUACUCACUGGACUAUACUGUGUAGUGGAUACUUAUUUACCCACAAGCUUGGCAUUUUGGAAACACCAUGCCAUACUAUAGAUUAGACUGAUGCAGAUUUUCUUGUGAUCACCUCUAUAUUGUAAUUUCAUGGAAUUUUUUAUGAUGCAGAAAUGAAGGUAUUAUGUAUAGUUGUGUGAACAAACUUGUACUUUCUACUGAAUUUUCAAUAUAUAAAAUGUACUGUAUGUAACAUCAAAGGAACACCUAUGCAGUAUUUUCAAAAUUGUAUAUAAGCCACAUUUAAAUGUUAAGCAUCUUAGCUCUGUACAUGGCUUGCAAAUGAAGUAAAUGUAACUUUAUCCUUUGACAGAAUGUUUUCAUGACCCUUAGGGUGCAAUAUAUUUCAAAGUUUCUCUCAGAAUUAGUAUCCAAAAAAGAGUUUUUAAACAAAAAAAAUCUUUAUUGAGUUAUCAUAUUAUGACAAAACAUAUACAUUUAUAUAAAUGAAAACAAAUCAUACUGGCAUUUUCAGUUGCAAACAUUAUACAUCACAUAUAUUGUUCUACACAGUCAUUGUCAAUUGAAUAUUACAUAGCUCAUUCAAUUCCUGCCUUCCCUUAAACCUCAUUCCUCCCCAAACUAUUCUACAUGUAUUGCUCCCGCAAUUUUCAUUUUUCCAUGUAAUUUCCUCCUACCGUUUUCUAAGAUCCCACUUCCAUUUCUUUUAUCUCUGUUACUAUA